ACUCCUCGCUACAACUCUCCAUAAAAGCCUUCAAGGUCUUCUCGUACCACCAGCAGGCGCACCUCUUUAUUCGAGGCGACCUCAAGCAUCUCGCGCACGCCUAGAUCAGGCCCCCCUCUGUCCGCAGCUCACACGACCCAAUCCACUCAUCAUGCCACCUAAAAAGGCCAGCAACAAGGGCGACGACAAGACCUUCGGUCUGAAGAAUAAGAACAAGUCGUCCAAGGUGCAGAAGUUUGUGCAGCAGGUGAACAAGCAGCAGGCCGAGGGCGGCAAGAGCAAGGCAGAUGCCGCCAAGGCAAAGCAGGCCGAGGAGCGUAAAAAGGCCAAGGAGGCCGCCGAGCAGCGAAAGAAGAUGGAAGCACAGCUGCUGCACGGCUCUAUCCAGCCGCAGAAGGUGCCAUUCGGGACGGAUCCCAAGACUAUUCUUUGCGCGUACUUCAAGGCUGGCAUCUGCCAGAAGGGAGCGAAGUGCAAGUUCUCGCACGACCCGAACGUUGGGCGUAAGGCUGAGAAGAUGAACCUGUACGAGGAUGCGCGUGAAGGCGAGGACAAGAAUACAGACACCAUGGACACAUGGGAUGAGGCUAAGCUCAACGAGGUCGUCACGCAGAACGGGAGGAAGCAAAAGAACACGACUGACAUUGUGUGCAAGUACUUCCUGCAGGCUAUCGAGGACAAGAAGUACGGAUGGUUCUGGAUCUGCCCCAAUGGUGGCGACUCAUGCAUGUACCGCCAUGCUCUUCCACCAGGGUUCGUCCUCAAGAAGGACAAGAAGGACGACGAGAAGGAGACCAUUUCGCUGGAAGACUUCAUCGAAGUCGAGCGCCACAAGUUGAAGCCUCCUCUUACUCCCGUCACGCCCGAGACCUUUGCCGCAUGGAAGAAGACGCGUUUGGCGAAGAAGGAGGCAGAGGAGGAGGCCCUUACCAAGGCCAAGCAGCAGCAGCGUGCGGCCGGCAAGUUGACAGGUAUGACGGGCAAGGACUUGUUCGACUUUGGCGGCGAGAUGUUCGAGGACGAGGAGGAGGAGGGCCAGGAGGAGUGGGACAUUUCGCGCAUGCUUGCGCGCUACCGGGAGGAGGACGAGAACCGAGACGACGAGGACGUGGACGAGGUUGCAGACGGUGUGGCCAAGGUUGCCGUCAAGGAGUAGAGAGCUCCCUCCCAUAUUGCAUCUGCAUUUGUGUCGCAGCAG